AUGGGUAGCAGUUUUUUCGGAGAACCAAACAUGGAGAGGGGAGGUGGUUCGUCGUCUUCGAGGAAAGGCAAGAAGGACAAGCAGCCUAAGCAACCCCAGAGAGGGCUGGGUGUUGCUCAAUUGGAGAAGAUCAGAUUACAUGGACAAGUGGCUUCUUCUGCCUACCAGCAGCUCCCUCUUUACCCUGCAAAUUUCAACCAGGAAGAUAAUAUGAGAGUGCAAGCAAGCUAUUCAUCAAUGGCAUCAUCGUCAUCUUUUGCAUAUUCAUCAACUUCCGCAGCAGCUUCUUAUGGUUUCCAGUACGCAAACAUGAUGAUGGGACUUGGCGAGUAUGAUCAAAGAGCAAACUUCAGAUAUGGUGAUUCCCAACCUAGUACUACAGCAAGUUGGAACUCCAGCAGUGGCAUCCUGGAGAGCCAACAUUUUGCACAACAAAACAUGACCAGACAACUUUUAAACCCACAUGCUGAGGAUUCAUAUUCGAGGAGCAAGUCAUUGGGGAAGAGCAAUAAAAAUUCCGAAUCAAGUGACACACAAGACCUGGAUUUGGAGCUCAGACUGUCAUUGUAAUCAGUAAUUUUCUUCUACCAACUUGAUUGAAAAGUGUAUGCUUGUCCUAGAAAUUGUAAGUUCAAGCUAAGAGGCUUGAGUC